CCGGGUAGGUAAUACAUCUAAGCUUACACAAAGCAGGACAUGGACAUCCAGGAAAAUUUAAAAAGCCAACUUCAGGAUCGUGAUCGUCACUUAACAGAUGAAAACAUUCAGCUCCGGGACAAGAAUGAAAGCGUCUCUGCUCAGCUGGGGGCGAUACAGAGUAAGCUGGAUGAGACAGCUGGGUCCAAAGCUGAACUGUCCACGAAGCUCAUCUUCAGUGAGGAAGAAAAAUUAAAAAUGUCAAAGGAUGUAAUUGAGGUACAGAUACAGACUAACAAAAUGAAGGAACGUUAUGAAGCAGAGGCUUAUGAGCUGAAAAAUAAGAUUUUGUUUUUGGAGAAUCGGUUGAUGGAGCUGGAGGUGGAGAAGGACAGGUCUCAGAGGGAAACCCAGUACGCCAAGGGUUGCCUGCACGCAGCUGAGAAGAAUCACAAGGAGCUGGUUGAUGAGUACGUCACCCUGAAGAGCAACUACCUGGCCCUGACGGAGGAGCACGACAGGGAGGUCUCGCGGAACCAGGAGCUGAGUGAGGAGCUGCUGGAGCUUGCACAAGCACAGGAUACCCUACUCAAGCGGAGCGAGGGCCGGGCUCAGCGGAUGCCAGGCAGGGAGGCUGCCGCCGAGCUGGACAGGGUUCGAGAGCUGGUCAGCAGGAUGUCCCAGCACAGGCUCAAGCCAGAUGAGCUUAUGGUGUCAGAGCAGGAGCGGAAAAUCCUAGAGGAAAAACUCCUUAGAAAGCAAGAGGAACUCAAAGAAGAGCUGGAGAGAAUGAAGCAGCACUAUGAAGGGCAGCAGCGCCACCUAGAGGACAAAAUGAUGGCCAUGAGCAAGGAGCAACAGGAGAACAAACAAACCGUCCACAAUAUCCAACACCAGCUGUCCAAGCAGACUGUGGCUCUGCUUAGCUCACAGAAUCAGCUAAAGGAGGUGGAGAUGGAGAACUCCAGGCUGCAGCUGCAGGUGAAGGAGUUGAAUGAAGAGUACCGGGCGCGGCUGCAGCGCUACCUGCAGGAUUUUGCUGAACACCUGGACCAGCAGAGCAGGAAUCGAGAGGCUGAGAAGGCUCCAGAUGAGGGGCAUACAAGGAGGUUUGUGAACAGCGUGCUGCAAGAUGUGAAGACUUCUUACAGGUCCCGUGAGGAGCAGCUGGCCAGUGCUGCCCGCAUGUACAAGAAGAGGCUGCGGCAAACCACCCGAGGCCACGAGGCGCUGCUCGUCGAGUACAGAAUGCAAAGGGAGCAGAUUCUUGCUCUUGCCGACCGUGGCCUGGUCCCGGGACCACCCGAGUCACACUUCUGCCUGUUAGACGGCGAGCUGCGGACAGACCAGGGCCAGGAGCUGCAGAGGCUGCGGGAAGACAAGGCCAGGCUGGAGCACCAGCUAAGGGACGCGUUGGAGCAGAGUACCCUUCGCAGUGUCAGUUUGCUGGAGUCGGGAAAUCCAAGGAACACCUCAGAGGAGAUGUGGACUGAUAUCAGGAAGGAACUGAAGGAUUUUGUACAUUCCACGCUGGAGGUUCAGGAGAGGGAGCGGGCCCAGCUUCUCACCCGGGCUGCAGUGGCCGAGGGCCAGCUGUCAGAACUGCAGGAGUAUGUGGAUAAGCACCUGGGCAGGUACAAAGAGGAGAUCACGCACUUGCGCCACCUGCUGGACACAAAAGGAAGCCGUCCUCGCAGUGCAGUUGAGCCUAAAAGCGACCCUGGGCAUCACUCAAAGAGAAGCACUAGUCAUGAGAUCUGACUGGACCAGCAUCAUCUGCAGCACCAAACCAGUUAUAGAUCAUAUCCAGCACAUGCCUCCAAACAUAAUUAGAAAGGAAAUAUAAAUCUGACAUAUCGUUAUUUUAUUCAGGGUAUCAAGACCGGCUGCCAUUUAUCAUGAAACACAGCACUGUAAUAAUAAUAAUAAUAAUAAUCGAUACUUUUAUUAAUCCCCGUGGGGAAAUUGUCUUUAUGCCUCCCUCAACUUGCUCU